UUUACAACUCCCGCAACUCUCCCGCCAAAACAUCUUAUAUUUGCAUAAACCGGAAGCAGCGUUGGUUUUUGUUAUUGUCAAGCCUGAAAAAUUGUUCGGGAUGGCGGCAAAUGAUGGAGAGGAGGAUGCUACUGUAUCUCUGGUGGACGUCUUAGAGGAGGAUGAAGAGCUGGAGAACGAAGCCUCCGCUGUUCUUGGAGGGAGUGAUUCCGAGAAAUGCUCGUAUCCAGAGGGAUAUGUGAAGCGUCAGGCUCUGUAUGCCUGUAACACCUGCACACCAAAGGGAGGAGAGCCAGCGGGCAUCUGUCUGGCAUGUUCCUACAAGUGCCAUGAAGGCCAUGACCUUUUUGAGCUCUAUACCAAGAGGAAUUUCCGAUGUGAUUGUGGGAACGACAAGUUUGGGGAAAUGGAGUGCAAGCUAUUUGCGGAUAAAGAAAACGUGAAUUCAGGGAACAAAUACAGCCACAAUUUUUUUGGCUUGUAUUGCACAUGUGACAGACCCUACCCAGAUCCAGAGGACGAGGUUCCUGAUGAGAUGAUCCAGUGUAUUGUGUGUGAGGACUGGUUCCAUGGUCGGCAUUUAGGCUGCGUAGUGCCAGACUGUGUGGAGCUGCAAGAGAUGAUCUGCCAGUCGUGCAUGAAUAAAACACCUUUCCUUUGGAACUAUGCUGCACAUAUUGAAGUGCCAUCCAUAACAAAAGUAAGUCCAUGCAAAGGAGAGGAGGAUGUGAAGGUGGAGGUAGAAAAUGAUGAAGAGGAGAAGAUUAAAAAUGAGAACCCGAAGAGCCCUGUAGAUGUGAAGGUGCAGGUCAACGGGACAUCCGCCUGUAAGCGGAAACACCAGGAAGAAACUGAAGGUUCCUCAGAGGAGGGUUCAUGCUCAGGUUGCAGGCUGAGAGAGAUGAAGGCCUCGGGGAGGAGCCAGACUCUGCAGGGCGCCAUGUUCUGGCCCUCUGCCUGGCGCAUAAAACUCUGCACCUGCGCCGACUGCAAGAUCCUCUAUGCAGAUGCAGGAGUGCCUUUCCUCAUGGAUGAGAUGGACACUGUCCUGGCGUAUGAAAACAAGGGCAAGUCCACAGAGCAGGCUGAACAAGCAGGUGGAGCCGAGGGUCGCGACCCCUUGAUGUCGGCCCUAAACAACUUAAAUCGGGUUCAGCAGCUGGAGAUCAUCCAUGAAUAUAAUGACAUGAAGACAGAACUGAAAGACUACCUGCAGCGAUUUGCAGCAGAAGGAAAGGUGGUGACGCCUGAGGACAUCCGUCACUUCUUUGAACAGCAGCAAAGCCGCAAGAGACGACGAGCCAACGCAGGCCAGUACUACUGCAGUUAAACGGCCCUUCACUCUGCCACUUCAAGCGUACCAGCCAUAUCCAAUCCUUCAUGUUUUUCGCCCCAAUCUGGGGGCCACCCAUGGUUUUGUAAAAUAAAUAAAUAUGCAGUUCA